ACACACACACGUGCGCGCCCCACACACACACACGACACACACACGACACACACGACACACACCUGCGCCGCAAGACGACAACGCAAUGGGAGCGAGUGGAGCCCUCCUGGCUUGUUACCUACUCGCCUCGGUGGCGACACCGCGCGUCGCUCGGGCCGCACCACGCCCGCCGCCCCGGCCCGCACGUGACUCCAGCCCUCACCUGGACAACGGCUGGGGGGGGCAGGUGCGACUGAGGCACCUGUACACGGCCAGCCGGAGCCACCCGGCCUGGGCGGCGCAUCUGCGCUUGCGGGACGACGGCCGCGUGGACGGCGUGGAGAGGCAGAGCGAACACAGUCUGCUGGAGAUCAAGGCGGUGUCUCGUGGUGUGGUGGUCAUGAGGGGGCUCAAGUCUCGCCGCUACCUCUGCAUGGACCCGAAGGGCAGGCUCUACGGGCAGGUGUCGUUCGACGAGGUGGACUGCACGUUCCGCGAGUCGCUGCUGCCUGACGGCUACAACCUCUACCGGGGCGGCACGCACCAUGCCGUGGUGUCGCUCAGCGCCGUCGCUCCACGACACAGCCACCACCAACAACAACAACAUCGCCAGCAGCAGCAGCCAAACCAGGAGCUGCCGAUGGAUCCACAGCAGCAGCAGCAGCAGCACGAGUGGCCGCUCGCCCGCGGGCUACCGCCCCUGUCUCACUUCCUGCCGGUGGUGAACUCUGUGCCGCUCGAGGGCUCCGACUCCGGACUCCCGUGGCUCGAGGAGGCCGGUGCCGACAUUCGCUCGCCAGACGAGGUGGCGCCGUUGACGAGGAGGGCGCACGAGCAGGAGGAGGAGGAGGAGGGUCGGAAGGGCUACGUCGAUCUGCUGGAUCCCCUGGGCAUUCUGUCGUCCCGUACGAGCCGGUGGUCGUGGUGGUGAUUGCGCGCUGGUGCGGAGAGGAGGAGGGCUGCUGGCGACCC